AAUCCUUGAUUCCCCCAUUAAACCCCAUCUUUUUCUGUGAAAAUCUUGGAAUCCCACAAUCUUUUUCGAAGUUUGAAAUGGAAAUUCAUUUCCAGCAUCAAAAUUCAAGAGUUCCUGGUAGCAAAGGUGCCAAAUUCAAGAGAAGAAACAGGAGCAAUAACAGCCAGUUUGUUGGGGUGAGGCAAAGGCCUUCUGGGAGAUGGGUAGCUGAGAUCAAGGACACAACACAGAAGAUUAGGAUGUGGCUUGGUACCUUUGAAACUGCUGAGGAGGCUGCUCGAGCCUAUGAUGAAGCUGCCUGCCUUCUCCGUGGAUCCAAUACCCGAACCAACUUCAUCACUCAUGUCUCCCUGGAUUCUCCUCUUGCUUCCCGAAUAAGGAAUCUCCUCAACGGCAAGAAAGGAGCAAAACAGCAGGGUGGUGGUGAAGUACCAACCCCCACAAGUUGUAGCAACAGCGGUAGCAGCACUGGUAGUAGUUCUACCUGCAUCACCGCUGAUGGCAGAAGCGGUGAGAAUUCUCUUGUUCAAGACACUCAGUCAUUUGAUGAUACAUACAAACCAGAUAUGAGCAACUGCACAGGGGAUUUCGAGUUGGGAUCUUCUCAAUCUGAUCUUUCUUGGAGUUCUGAACCAGGACUAGACGGGUUUCUUUCCUCCCAAGAAAUCAUGGAUUUUCCCAAUAAUGUUCUUCUCUAUGAAACUAAUACAGGCUCUGAGUUAGCAGAAUUCGAUAGGAUGAAGAUGGAGAGAUCAAUAUCUGCUUCACUAUACGCAAUGAAUGGGUUGCAGGAAUACAUAGAAACCGUCCAUGAUACUAGUGAAGCCUUAUGGGAUCUUCCCCCUGUCUGUUCAUUGUUUUCCUAAGUGCUUUGGUUUUGAUAUUCAGUCUUGAAUUUCUAUCUUGUUCUCCAUUCAAAGUCAAAGGAAAUACGAUAUAAACUUUGGUGUAAGGU